ACUAAUGUUAGACCUCAAAAGGAAUUAUGAAACAAUUUACAAAAAUAUUUUUAUAGAAAAUUUAUUACAAAAAAAAUUAUUGAAAUCUUAAUAUUAUUUUAAUAAUUAAUUUGUUGGUGACAAAAUUCAAAAUAGAAUUAAUCAGUUAAGCCAGCAUUAACAAGUUCUAUGUAAAUAUGGGUUUGUAAACAUUUUGAUCAACAUAGGCCAUGGGAUGGAAUGACUGGAAAAAGAAUUCACCAUUUAGUUCUUCUUUGUGGUUGUCAGUUGGUUUGUUGAGGUUCCUCGGUAAGUGGAUGAACAAGAGAGUGUGAACAAGGAAAAAACUAGAUUGGUUAAUUUUUUAUAAAAAAGACGAUAUAAAAAAUGGAUUCUGGUGUAACUUAUGGUAGAAUAACAAACUAUACAAAAGAAAAUGAUUUCUUUUCUUACUACAACCGAAUUGAAGCUAAUUCCGAAAAAACGCUUAUUAACCCUAAUGAAGAAAUUGUCACAUAUCGGACAUUAGAUUUAAUGGUUCAAAAUAUAUCACAAAACUUUCACAAGCUGUUUAAAGUUAAACCAAAUGAGAUUGUAGCUUUGCUCAUUCCAAAUGGAUGCAAUCGCAUAGCGGCAAUACUUGCAUUGAGCAAACUUGGAAUACCAUUCUGUCCAUUGGAAGAACCUAUCACGGAAAAGAUGUUGUUUUGUAUGUUGCAAAUUAAAGCCAAUAUUUUGAUUACUAAAAAUAACUUAGACAAUGAGUUUCAUGCUAAUUUAAAAGAUUUAAAUAUCGUAAAUAUUAAAACAUUACUGGUACCAGUAGAAGGUUUAACUAAUGAUUAUACUUGUUCAAUUAUGAAAAAUAGCUUGUUUUGUGUCCUUUUUACGAGUGGGAGUACGGGAAAUCCUAAAGCAGUAAAAUUAACUCAUGAAAAUAUGAUUCAAACAGUUGAAUGGUUUAGAUCUGACUUCGUUUACGAAUUAAAUGAGAUGAUGUGUUCAAAGACAAACUUCAUAUUUAUUGAUUACUUUACAGAAACUUUAUCCGCAAUGUGCAUGAAAGAGUCGUGUUUGUUUCUUACACCGGAUCAAGUUAAAAAUUCAAAACUUUUCUUAGAUUUUUUGAGUAAAUACAAAGUUACACGAUUAUAUACAAGUGUAAGUUUACUGAGGUCACUUUUGUUGUUAAAUAACAGUUACAACAGUCAGUUGUAUCUUCGAGAAAUAUGGAGCAGCGGAGAAGAUUUGCAUCAUUCUUUAGUGAUCGACUUUUUUAAAUGUUUUCCACACGUUAAACUUUGGAAUGUUUAUGGAAGUAGCGAAACUUGUGGCAAUGUCAUGUAUAGUAAAAUGGAUCCAUCAAGUAUUGUUGAUGCUUCAAAAGAAACUUUCAUUGGUGAAAUUGUAUUACCUGAUACGGUUGUUUACUUAGUAGAUUCAAGCGGUAAUUUAAUUAAUAAUUUAUUUGAAAUAGGAGAGCUAUGGGUUGCUGGAUCGGUAGUAUCACCUGGUUAUCUAGCUGAAGAUGUUGAAAACCUGAAAUAUUUUGAAAAGAAUCCUUUCUAUUACGGCGCAGACGAAAAAUUGAAAACUGUAUACAAAACGGGCGAUUUUGCUGUUCGCCGUGAAAAUGGAUUUUAUAAAGUAGGUCGCAACAAAGAUUUUUUUAAAAUAAGAGGUAAUAAAGUGAAUAUUUCAGAAAUUGAGAAAAUAAUUCAAUCAUUUUAUCCUAGUUAUUUGGUUGCAGUUGUAGCACAAGUUGUAAAAGAAAUAACUGAAAUUUACUGUUUCAUCUCGCCGCCUGCAACAUCAAUAAAAUGUGUUCUUAAAUCACUAAGUAGUAAAAUGGCACCAUUCAUGAUCCCAAGAGUACUAUUUAUAGAUACAAUGCCAAAAACUGACGGAUCCGAUAAGAUAGAUCGUCAAAAACUAAUAUCUUUGAUCCCCUCAAACAGAAAUAAUGUUUUUUCAAUAGAAGAAAUAUCCCUGAAACCAGUUAAGAGCCAAUUUGAAAUUAUUACAGCAAUGGCUUUAAAUACUGAUAUUUCAACUAUCGAUCUAGACUGUAGUUUUUUUGAAUUGGGUGGAGACUCUGUGAGUGUAUGGGUUUAUAUUGAGAACCUGAGAAAAAUUGGAUUUGAUGUAACAUUUGAAAACGUGAGCGCAGCACGCUCUAUAAACGAAAUUAUAGAUAAACUUACAACACAAAGCAACAAUCAUGAACAACCCAUAAAAGAUCAAGAAAUCAAAGUUUAUAAUUUCUCCGAAGCUAGUAAUGAUGUUUUAGGUGUACUUUAUGAGCAGCAUGCUAAAGCAUUUUUUGAAAGAGAUGUACUUACAAAGUAUUUGAUGGAUCCAAAUUUUGAAAUUAAAUUUCGCUGUUUUAUGAAAAAAAUUAUAACAAGCUUUCCUUGCUAUUCAUUUUACGCAAUGUUGUAUGGAAAACCGGUUGGGGCAGUUUUGUGCCACUCGUUAAGCACACCUCUAGAUUUAAGUUUUUCUUCUGCAAUUGAUGAAAUGAUUUCAUUGUACGAAAAAGUGUUAGAUAAAAUUUAUCCACUGUCCAAAUUUAAAGUAUUAGACGUUACAACUCUUCAUGCAAAUUUAGAUUUGCCGAGAGAUAUUGCUUGUCAAGUCAUUGUUGAGCUUUCAAAGCGCGUGGUUGAGUUUGCUAUCGAACAAAAGUUUGACGUUGUAAGCACGCUCAAUAACAAUGAAGCUACUUUUAAAGUGGAUACUUCUCUUUUAGGAUUUGUACAUGUGGCAAACCUUGAUCUGGGUAAAAUAUGCAUUGAUGGUGAAUAUCCGUUUAAAAGCGGUAAAGAUAUCAAAAGUCGUAUUUGUAUUAAGUGUAUUAGCGAAAGCGCCAGGAGUUAUUUUAGUGAUGAACUUAAAUAUGAAGUGUAAAUAGUUAUAUCAUUCAAUUUUUAAUUAUUAUCGUUUUA